AUGAGUGAUGAAGUAUUACAAGCUAUAAUAAUAGAUAAUGGAUCUGCUCUGUGUAAGGCUGGUUUCUCAGGAGAUGAUACACCGAUUGCUGUAUUCCCUAUGGUAGUUGGACACCCACGUAAUAACAAUAGCAGUACAUCAUCGACUAUGGUUGGUCAAAAAGCAGAUAGUUAUUUCGUAGGUGACGAAGCUAUUUCUAAGCGAGGUUAUACAGCGUUGCGUUAUCCCGUGCAUAAUGGUGUCGUUGUCAACUGGGAUGACAUCGAGAGAGUGUGGCGACAUGUUUUUAAAAACGAGUUACGUGUUGCGCCCGAAGAUCAUGCAGUUUUACUUACAGAGACACCGCUCAAUACAAAAGCGAAUCGCGAAAAGAUGACCCAGAUCAUGUUUGAUAAUCUACGUGUACCGGCGUUGUAUAUAGCGAUUCAGGCAGUGCUCUCGUUGUAUGCAUCCGGUAGGUCAACGGGCAUCGUAUUGGAUUCGGGCGAUGGCAUUACACAUAGCGUUCCUAUUUACGAGGGUUACGCACUGACACAUGCCAUCGGUAGGCUACAGCUUGCCGGCAGUGAUCUAACCGACUACCUGAUGAAGAUACUCACUGAGCGAGGAUAUUGUUUCACAACUACAGCAGAGAGAUCGAUAGUCUAUGACAUCAAAGAGAAACUUGGUUAUAUUGCAUUGGACUAUGAAAGUGAGAUGGGUAGAUAUGCUGCUGCUGCUGGUGGUGGUGGUGCUGCAACAACGUCAACCUCGCCACCCGCUAGUACAACAACGGCAACACUGGACAAACAAUAUGAAUUACCCUCUGGCGAGUUUAUAACGAUUGGAAACGAACGGAUUAGAUGUCCUGAAGCAUUGUUUAAACCGUCACUAAUGGGGAUAGAGGCAGAUGGCGUUCACAAAUUAAUUUACGAUUCCAUCGUCAAGUGUGAUAUCCAUCUACGUAAGGAGAUGUACGGUAAUGUUAUAUUGGCAGGUGGAUCAACAAUGUUUCCAGGUAUAGCAGAUCGUAUUCAUAAGGAAUUGGUAGCGUUGGCACCCUCUGGAAUGAGGAUCAAAGUAAUUCCACCGACUGAACGUAGAUUUACUGCGUGGCUUGGUGGUUCCAUUCUGGCAUCACUCGAAUUCUUCCAACAAAUGUGGAUAACCAGACAAGACUACGAUGAAUCAGGUCCAUCAAAGAUGUCAAUAACUAGAAAAAUACUAUUUUAA